UGUUACCCCGAACACUGCUGCCAAACUUCCCUUAGUUGAGUUUUGAAAAAUGCCGAAUUACUGGCAAUGGCCUCUCCACACAUCACAGAGAAACUUCAGUGCACAACAGAAGCCUUGGUUAAAAAAAAAUAAAAUAAAUGCCUUUGAUUCUUUAAAGCCCAACAUAAUUGGGGCUAAGCCAGAAUGCUCAGCCAGGAUCCUGGGGAGAACAGAGUCCUGUCUGUUCUGGUCCAUGAUAGCCAGAAGCGACUUCAAGAAUAUGAGGAAGCAUUUGGCAUCAAUAGGUGCUGUUCAAGAAUUCGACAGGAACACUGAAUUCACCCUUAAGGCCAAAGUGGUUGUGGCCUUAGCAUUCGUGCCUGUCCUGAACUUGGGGGAACAUGUUGCUACUCUGGAGGAAUAUCUGCCCGAAGAGCUUCAACCUCUUCUCAACUGGUUCAAGGAGAGCUACAUCAGUCAUCCAGGUAGUAGAGGACACGGUAGACUGUCUCCUUUGUUUCCUCCCCCAUUGUGGAAUCUGUUCGACAGAACACUGAAUGUCGAUGAUCACACUAACAACCAUGCCGAAGCUGCUCAUCAUCACCUCCGAGCCAAACUUGAAAUGUGCCAUCUUACGAUCGGGAAGUUCAUUGAUGACCUCAGAAAGGUGCAGAAGGGCAGAGAAGCCUAUUACGAACCGCUUGUUUCAGGCCACAGUCCUCCGGUCAAGUUGAAGAAAUACUACAAUGCAGAUUAGUAUUUCAAAGAUUGUGUACAAUUAUGGCAAUAGAAGCAACAUAGAAUACCUGCAUGCCAUAGCUCACACUUAUCAAAUAGCUUAAUAAUUUUUUUUUAAUGUUUUACUAUGGCAUUUUUCAAACAUCUCCCAAUUUCACUGCAUAUACGUUAGCAGAAAUAGGUCUAGGACAGUUCAGCUCAGCAGUUCAUACAUUUUAUUAUCCAUGUAGCAUUGUUAUUUCCAGAGUUUGCAUAGCAAUAGCAUUUUAUUGCACUUUGAAAUUUCAUGAAUAUGCAAAGGGGGCUUUCCUGACCACUGCAACUUUUUAGUCCACAUUCUGCUAAAGGCAGUGGCAAACUGCUCAGAAUGUCCAUACAUUUUAAAUUUUAAUCAAGGAUUCCUAAUUCACAGAGAUAAAGGCAACAGAAUGAGAUAAGAUAUGGGGGGAGGUUUUGCUGAGGAGCUACAUCUUCUAUUUUGAUGUUGCAAAGGAAACUGCUCUUCUACGCCGGAUUUGGGGAUGGGGGGAAAAUAGCCUUGCCUCCUUCAGCACGGUGAGUUGUCCCUGCGGUGAGUUGUCCCAUUCCUAAAGUGGGUGUACCAGUCAGAGGUGCUUCCAAAUUUCUCUUGUAUCAACUUCUCUCUCUCGAAUUGGAAUUUCUCUCUGCAGGAAUGGAACCAAUUUCAGCAGCUUUCUUUCCUGCUUUGCCCUUAAUUUCUCACUAAGGAUGUGCAUUUGAUGUUGUUAAUUUCUCCCUUUCCCCAGAUGUCAUUGUUGUAUUGUGAUUUCAUUCUUAUCUCCUUUCCUUGGUUUUCCAGUUUGCCUCUUAAGAGCCCAAAAUGUUUUGUCUUAGAACCAUUUCCAGUUGGAAACACAUGAAACAUUAUGAUGUCAUUCAGAGAUAGUUGAAUGCAAAAGCCAUUCACACAAGCACACAAACACACAAUGGCUGUGUGUGUGUGAGUGUGUGCACCUGUGUAAAUGGCUACAAUGUGUGAAUGGCUAAAAUGUGUGUGGGGGUAUUGUGUGAACGGCAGCAGUGUCUCUGUCUGUGUGUGUGUGUGAGAGAGAGAGAGAGAGAGGGAGAGAGAGAGAAUGGCUGCAGUGUGUGCACCCACACUUUGCCUAGGUCUUUCAGUGAGACAUUGGGCUGGGGAGGGAUGCAUCCAGCAGACAUUUAAUAGGUGCAGUUUCCCUAAUCACUUCCUAGAAAUGCCCUUGAAGAAUUUCUGCCUGAUGCUUCUCUGAUUUGACAAAGUGUGGAUGCAGUUCUAAAGCCAUCAUCAUAUACCAGACUCUACAAAAUCUUCACAGCUUAUGUGGUGCAGAACUUAAGAUGGGCCCCUUAAUUUGCAAUUUCCAUUCUUUUUAGAGCAUGAGUAAAAAUGUAAAGCAUCUUAACUCUCAUCUUAAACCAGAGGUUUUUGGAUUACAGACAUAUUUUUGUAGCCACAACAUUUUGGAUGCAUUUCAUUUAUGAACUAAUGUGUAUUGCUCAAUGAAUUAAUUACAAACCAUGUUCUUUUUGCCUGUUUGUUUUUGUUCCAGAAGGAGAGAGAGCUGUUCUCUCCUACCAGUUCCCAGUAGUACACGUCUCUCUAUAUGUAAGGACACGUCAGAAGCUGUGUUGGCUGCUGGCCUCUGGAGCAGCAGGGUAGGGACAGAGGGCAGGAGAGAAGAGAUACUAGUCAUAAUCUUUGUUAGGCAAUAGCUGCUGGCUCUCUUUUCUGCUAUCCCAGAUUCUUAUUGUUUGAUGUACCUUGCUUUGCUGUUCUCACAUUUUAUUGUUAUGAAUGGAUAUACUAAAAAUUAAUGCAUUUAUUUCUCUUGAAGCCAGACAUAUGGUAUUCAUGGCUCUCAUUAAUUCCAGUGGACCUUGAGGGAGCUCCCACCGCUUUCAGUGGGCAGCAUUCUUAUUCAUUUUAGUUCAUCACAGUUAUUAAUCCCUUGGGGAGCUUUCCCCCUGUUGAGCCCCAGGGGUAGUUGAACUCAGAGGUCCUUGUUUAUUAUUUCCAUAAUCAAUUUGAAAGCUUACAGCUAAAGAAUAAACCUGCGCCAAAGCCCUGUUCCCUGCAGGGUUGAUUUAAAAUAUCUAAACAAGACCUAGAUACUUGGCCAAUAUCCCAAAGAUUGAUUUGAGACCUUUCUGUUAAAGCAGAGAGGCAUGCCCAGUUCAGUAUUACAAAUUGCAGAUCCUCAUUCCAAGGACCUGCCCAGUUCACAAAUAGGUGACACCAAUAGUCUUAGGUAUUCAGCUUGAGAUCCAUGUAUGCUCAAGAGCUAUACUGCAGUCAAAGACAGUUGAACUCACUACCCACUGGAGGCCCUCUGGCUCCUUUGGAAGAUAUAGCAGUUUCUUGGCAGAAGGUGGGGGAAAAGUACAAACACAAAAUGUCUUCGAAAUGUUUACUUAAGCUAAAUAAAAGCAUUACAAGAAAGUGUAA